AUGAUCUGCUGGGCACUUUGGAAGUCUCGAAACAGGCUUGUUUGGGAGAAGAAGACUUCAGCUCCAACUCAAGUCAUUCAUUCAGCAUGGACUACACUUGACCACUGGCGUACUGCUCAAGAUAAAACUAGUUUAUUAUCAUUGUCACUCUUGCAACAUGAUAAUAACAUUGAGCGAUGGACUAAACCCGAUUCUGACACAGUCAAGUUAAAUGUUGAUGGAGCGUUAUUUGAGAGAGAAAGUGCCUAUGGUUUCGGCAUUGUUGCUCGAGAUUCGACGGGCCACAUUGUUGAUCUCCGAGCCACUUAUCAGGGAGGAAACUACCCAGCUGAGGUGGUUGAAGCUCUUGGCAUCAAAGAAGCUCUAAGUUGGUUGAAGGACAAAGGAUGGAAUAAAGUUGACAUGGAAACUGAUAGUAUGGUAACGGUGCAAGCAAUCUUUAGUAAUCAAAUUAUGUCCUCUACUUUUGGUUUGGUUAUUAGAGAUUGUAAGAGUUUAUUGUCAGCUUUAAAUAAUGUUAGUAUUCGUUUUGUAAGACGAUCAGCAAAUCGCGUUGCCCACUUUGUUGCUAGGCGAUCCCGAUUUUUCUCUGAUCGUAGCAUUCAUAGGAUUGAUUUUCCUGAUGAGCUUCUAGCUCUUAUGUAUGAUGAAUGCUAA